AGUGAAGGCCCUGGCUUUGCCUUUAAAGGCAGCGGCUGGAAAUUUUAAGGUGUCCCAGAGCCAUGUCUCUCCGCAGCGCUCCUCGCCGCACUCCGUGGACAAAUGGUUGUUGCAGUUCCUCACCUUGCAGGUCUCGGGCGGUUGGGUUGCCGUUACUUGCGCUUGGGUUUGUUUUGGUGUUGUUAGUUGACUAAAAAAGGGCUCGAGAAGCAAGAAACUUUUCAACGUUUUUAUGUCUGCGAACAUACUAAAAGACUGAUCAGCAUAGAAACUGAUAGCGUUGCUCUGGGGUGGGAAAGGCCAGCAGUCUGCGUGAGAGAACCAUGUCUGUUCGGGAGUCAUUUAAUCCAGAAAGUUACGAACUGGACAAAAGCUUCCGUCUGACCCGAUUCACUGAACUGAAAGGCACAGGCUGCAAAGUGCCUCAGGAUGUCUUACAGAAACUGCUCGAGUCUCUACAAGAAAACCAUUUUCAGGAAGAUGAACAGUUCUUGGGGGCAGUUAUGCCCAGGUUGGGAAUUGGGAUGGACACUUGCGUUAUUCCAUUAAGACAUGGAGGUUUGUCGUUGGUCCAGACGACAGAUUACAUUUAUCCUAUUGUGGAUGAUCCUUAUAUGAUGGGACGGAUAGCGUGUGCCAAUGUCCUAAGUGACCUUUAUGCCAUGGGGGUCACAGAAUGCGACAACAUGUUGAUGCUUCUUGGAAUCAGCAAUAAAAUGACAGAUAGGGAAAGAGACAAAGUGAUGCCUCUAAUUAUCCAGGGUUUCAAAGAUGCAGCAGAAGAGGCAGGAACAUCUGUUACUGGUGGCCAAACAGUGUUAAAUCCCUGGAUUGUUUUAGGAGGAGUGGCCACGACAGUCUGUCAGCCUAAUGAAUUUAUAAUGCCAGACAAUGCAGUGCCAGGAGAUGUGCUUGUAUUAACUAAACCCUUGGGAACACAAGUGGCUGUAGCUGUCCACCAGUGGCUAGAUAUUCCAGAAAAGUGGAAUAAAAUCAAACUAGUGGUGACGCAAGAAGAUGUAGAACUAGCAUACCAGGAAGCAAUGAUGAAUAUGGCACGACUGAACAGAACAGCUGCUGGACUCAUGCACACUUUCAAUGCACAUGCGGCUACAGACAUCACAGGAUUUGGAAUCCUGGGGCAUGCACAAAACCUUGCCAAGCAGCAGCGAAAUGAGGUGUCCUUUGUUAUUCAUAACCUUCCUGUUCUUGCUAAAAUGGCUGCUGUCAGUAAGGCUUGCGGCAAUAUGUUUGGCCUCAUGCAUGGGACUUGUCCGGAGACUUCAGGAGGCCUUCUCAUCUGUUUACCACGAGAACAGGCAGCACGUUUCUGUGCCGAGAUCAAGUCUCCAAAAUAUGGCGAAGGUCACCAAGCAUGGAUUAUCGGCAUUGUAGAGAAGGGCAACCGCACGGCCAGAAUUAUAGACAAACCACGAAUCAUUGAAGUCGCACCACAGGUGGCCACUCAGAACGUGAACCCAACGCCCGGUGCCACCUCUUAAUAUAGAUGAAAUAGCUGUUUGUUUUUAAAUAGAUCUAUUCCUUUAUCAUCCUACAACUUAAAGAACUGUAAAAAGAAAAGAAAACUUGUUGUGUCUGCACAUCUGGUGGCCUUAGGUCAGUUUAUGAGUGGAUACAAUUAAUAAAAUAAAAUCCAUUGCCUUUUUUUCCUGUUACAUUAACUGAAGAUGCACCUAAUCUUGAGGCAGCUUCUGAGUUGAGAAUUAUAUUGUUAUCCAAUACUGUUGAUUCAUUUUGAAUCUUUAGACACUUAUCUCUUGCCGCAUAGGCUCUUUUUAAAGGUGCUUUCACGUAGCACAGACAUUACCAGUAGUAGUGUCAAAUAGCAGUUUGUGUCCUUUCAUUAUAUGUAUAUUUAUCAUAAGUCUAAUUUUGAUGCCUUGAGUGAUAUUCCAGAAAGGCAAUAAAUUGAUAAGCGACACAGUGGGUAUACCCAGUAGUAAGAGAGUUGCAUGAUUACAUUCAAUCUUUGAAUUUUUUUUUUUUUUUUUUUUUUUUUUUUUAAUAAGGUUUAGUCUUACCAAGAGCAUCUACGACCCUGGACAUUGCUUGGGUAGUGCACUAUGUUUAAACGAGCAAGUGCUGACUUUGCAUGGAAAGCGCUUCAGAGUCGAAGGAGUCAUUCUUGAUUUCAUUAUUUGUAGACCUGACAAUAUUUACUGUAUUAUCAAUGAUUGUUUUCUUUAUUGAUAGUAAGGAAAAAUAAUUCUUUUUUUGCAAUGUGAUUGGAUGUGCUAUAGUGCAACAAAGGUUUUGCAGACCAAAAGGAGGUUACUGUAUAAUAUUCAUUUACAAUUCACUAUAUAAAUAACUACACAAAUAAUUUUUAAAUAUAAUCAAACUAAAAUAAACCUCUGUUCUGUGGAUGGUAGUGUUUAAUACAUUUUAUAUUUUGUAUAGUGAUUACAAGCCUUUUUUGUUUCUUUAAAAUCAGCAGCUGUUUAGUAUAAUUCUUAGUAUUAUUUCGUUCUUUGCUCAAAUACAUUUUUCUGCACGCUUUUGUGAUCUGUGUUUAAAAUCUACAUUGCCAACAUUGCAGCUUGAACUUAAGCUUGUUAUUCAAAAUAAAUAUUUAAUUUUUUUUAUUGCUCUUGUAUAAGUGCAUGAACUUUUUUGAUUCCUAGCUGCAUUACAAACUGGAAAGAGGAUGAAUCCUCAUUUUUUUAUUUUAUUGCAAGUGUAAUUAUAUUGAUAAUUGUUAUUACUCCUUUGGUCAAUUCUGCAAGCUGUGAUGUCCAGUGGUAAUCUAGAAUAUCUCUGCCUGCAUGCCAAAGUUGGGGGCAAGUAGGUUAUCUCCAAGUAUAUUAUCCACUUUAUUUUGUUUAUUUUACUUAUCAGCACAAAGUAUGCAACGGUUUUGAAUUGUUUCCUCUGCAAGUCCUCCUGGCUGUGCCUGCUGUAAGCUAGACGAGGGUUCGUGAGCAGCCCUGUAAGUGGAACGGAUGCUGAAACCCAUCUUUUCCCCGACGGCACGGUAAGCUGCCCAGUUGCAGCAGGCUCACUGCUAACUCUGCUGUGCCGAGCACGCCAUGCGGAUGGGACUGAGUGCGCUUCACUGAACCAGCUCUUUUCAAGGCUUACCCAGAUUGUGGAAUUCGCUCCUUGACGUUCAGACCAGGAAGAAGAAAAUCUUGGAUAAUCAUUACUGCUACCAGCAUGAAUUACAAGGGCUUCCGUCUAUAAAAAAUGAGUCACUAGAGAUGAACCAGUCUUGUGCAUCAUGCAAGGUUUAAAUUUCCCGUCUUGCUCCUAGUGACCACUGUGGCAAAACUUGGCUCAUCUUUUUUUCCACUCAGCAGUGUUCUCAACAGACACCUUUUGCAAAGCUAGGUGGUUGGGGUUUUUUUGUUGGUUUUUUGUCUUUCUUUUUUUCCCCAUUGUGAGUAGCCUAAACCACGUAGAACCUCACGCUCCUUUUCCUGGAGAAGAAAUCUGCGAGUUACGUGUUCACCACAAAACCUCAAAGCGGUAACUGAGUUUUUGACUUUGCUUUGGGGGGAAAAAAAUAAAAUUGUUAGGUUUUCCACAGCAGUUCUGAAAAUAAAGCAUCAAAACCCAAUUAUCUGUGCAAAAAAUACUGAGUUAGUUCCUUUUUUUUCCUGCCGUUUUGUGAACUUUGUUCUGUAUCCUGAUAAAAAAAACCGUGGAACUGGCUUCUGUUCAUUUGUUUUAUGGUCAUGGACAACACUGUUGCUCCAUUGUUAAUUUUAUUAGAUUAAAAAAUCCUGAACUAGA